UGACCUGUAUCUUAAUUUAGUGGGACAACGUAUAUAAAAUAUAAAGGCAGCGAGGAUCCACGGAAACAGUUUGUGAGCGAUUAGAUGCUAUAACAAAACAAUCUGCAGUGUUGGUGUAAAGUGAAUGGAACCUAUUUUUUUUAUAUUACAGAAAGGACAUUUCUGGUAAUCAUUUUGCCUAUAUUUAAAGAAGAGCUGGAAAAAAAGACAACGGAGCCCAGUUCAGCUGGCGACCGUGGCCCACAUUGUUCUAGCUGCUGGGCUGACUGGACUGGAUGCGCGCUACUGGUGGGCUGCGCGCUGUCACGCGCUGAAGGUGCCAUCAAAUGAAGAAAACUCACUUGCGGAUAGGAAGAGCGUUAUUUAUAAGAGAGCGUAUGGGGACAUAGGAGAAACUGGAUUCAUAGCUCGCACGACCACAAAAUGGCCAAAAAUACAUCUUUAUAUUUCCGUAUUGUCGAGGGAAGGAACCUCCCGGCCAAAGACGUCUCGGGGACCAGUGACCCAUACUGCAUUGUGAAAGUUGACAAUGAAGUUGUGGCCAGGACGGCCACAGUGUGGAAGAACCUCAACCCUUUCUGGGGUGAGGAGUACACCCUGCACCUCCCCAUGGGCUUCCAUUCGCUCUCCUUUCACGUCAUGGAUGAAGACACUAUUGGCCACGAUGAUGUCAUUGGAAAGAUUACUCUGAGCAAAGAAGCCAUUGGAUCUCAGGCUAAAGGGAUAGACAGCUGGCUGAACCUGACCAGGGUUGACCCGGAUGAAGAGGUCCAAGGGGAGAUCCAUCUGAGCCUGGAGCUACUGAAAGACACGGAGAAGAGCAGUCUGCGAUGUCAAAUCAUUGAAGCCAGAGACUUGGCUCCAAGAGACAUCUCCGGCACCUCCGACCCAUUCACGAAGGUCAUCUGCAACCACCACAGUGCAGAGACCUCGAUUAUCAAGAAGACCCGAUUCCCUCACUGGGGAGAAACCCUGGAGCUGGAGCUGGACCCGGAGGAGCUGAGCGAAGACGGCGCCGUCACUGUGGAAGUCUGGGACUGGGACAUGGUUGGCAAGAACGACUUCCUGGGGAAGGUGGAAAUCCCCUUUGUCUGUUUGCACAAGACGCCGGUGGUGCGGGGCUGGUUCCGCCUAUUACCCUUGAGAAACCAGGAGGCGGAUGCUGGCGGGAAGCUCGGGGCGCUGCGUCUGAAGGUGCGCCUGGUCGAGGACCGCAUCCUCCCCUCCGUCUACUACCAGCCGCUCAUCGACCUGCUGGUGGAGUCCGUCAUUUCCCCCGCGGAGGUGGAGGACAGCAGCGCUCUCACCAUGCUGGAGGAAGUGACCACGGUUGAGAGCCGCCAGGACGUGGCCAUGACCCUGGUGAAGAUCUACCUGGGUCAGGGCCUGGUGGUGCCUUUCCUGGACUACCUUAACACCCGGGAGGUCAACCACACCACGGAUCCAAACACUCUAUUUCGCUCCAACUCCCUUGCGUCCAAGGCGAUGGAACAGUUCAUGAAGGCCGUCGGCAUGCUGUAUCUGCACGAGGUGCUGAAGCCCAUCAUCAACCGCGUCUUCGACGAGAAGAAGUACAUUGAGCUGGACCCGUGUAAGAUUGACCUGAACCGCACCAGACGAAUCUCAUUUAAGGGCGCGGUGUCAGAGGCGGAGGUGCGGGACAGCAGCGUGGAGAUGCUGCAGAGCUACCUAACAAGCAUCACUGAAUCCAUCGUGGGCUCCGUCGAUCAGUGUCCCCCUGUGAUGAGAGUGGCCUUCAAACAGCUGCACAAGAGAGUGGAGGAGCAGUUUGCCCAACCUGAAAAUGAGGAUGUGAAGUAUCUGGCCAUCAGCGGCUUCGUCUUCCUGCGUUUCUUCGCCCCCGCUAUCCUCACGCCUAAACUGUUCCAGCUGAGGGACCAGCACGCUGACACGCGUACAAGCAGAACGCUGUUACUACUCGCCAAGGCGUUGCAGAGUGUGGGGAACUUGGGCCUUCAGCUGGGUCACGGGAAGGAGCAGUGGAUGGCGCCGCUCCAUCCCAUCAUCCUCCGUAGCGUGGCCUCCGUCAAAGACUUCCUCGACAAGCUGAUCGACAUCGAUCAUGACGCCGCGUGCGAGGCGCCUCAGAGGGCUGUGUUCAUGCCCUCGGUCACCGUCAAAGAGGGCUACCUCCUCAAGCACAAGACAGAGGGGCCUCAGCUCCUCUCCCGCUUUGCCUUUAAGAAGCGCUACUUCCGGCUGACGAGCGAGACGCUGUCCUAUGCCAAGACCCCGGACUGGCAGGCGUCCUCCUCCAUCGCCAUUCAGCGCGUGUGCGCCGUGGAGCGCGUGGACGAGAAUGCCUUUCAGCAGCAGAACGUGAUGCAGGUCAUCAGCCGGGACGGCGACGGGCAGCCGCGCACCAUGUACAUCCAGUGCAAGAACGUGAACGAGCUCAACCAGUGGCUGUCGGCGAUCCGGAAGGUCAGCAUCUACAACGAGCGCAUGCUGCCCUGGUUCCACCCGGGGGCUCAUCGCGGCGGCAAGUGGACCUGCUGCCUGCAGGCCGACCGCGCCGUUACAGGAUGCAGCAGGACCCACUCCGCUGUGACUCUGGGGGACUGGAGCGACCCGCUGGACCCGGACGUCGAGACUCAGACCAUAUACAAGCAGCUCCUCCAAGGCAGAGACAAGCUCAGGUUGGAACAGCUUCAGGCUGGAUGUAGUUCACGCCGUGGACACUUUUGUGGCCCGUUUGUCAGGAAAAAAUAUCUGGAGGCGCCAGAGUCUGAUCAGACGUCCAUCGGUAAAGAAGGGAGCAUCAACUCUGACUUUCACCCAGACGGUGCAGGAUGCAACGCGCGGCCCGCGAAGCCGGGCCAGAGCGCCGCCGCGCGGCUGCUGGCGGUGGUGGCGGACCUGGAGCAGGCCCACGGCGCCUUCCAGCGCAGCGAGGAGGAGGAUGCGGCCGGCGUCGUGCUGAACCCCUAGGCCCGACGCGGAGCGGGGCCCGACGGUGCCGGAGUGGGAGGAGCCCUGCACCAAGAGUGAGCGUCCGAUACGAGCAUUCACUCGUCUGAUUGUCACGCGCACCCCCCCACACAAAGAGCAAAGGUAACCCUGCCAUGCUGAAUCCCCGAGGGACUUUCAAACAUGAUCUGGCUUCAUAUUUUUUAUGUAGAAAACAACCAAUCUGUUGCAUGGCCUGCGUUUACCGUACUUAUCGUGAAAUGUGAAGGGAAGCUUUUCUAUUUUUGAGAUACUGUACAGGACAUUUUUAUGCAAAGAGCUUGUCGUAGUGUGAUGGACGGUGACCUGAAUGUACCACGUCUUGAUAUCGCUUUUAUUACCGUUUUGUAUUUUACACGAUGGCCGCAAUUGUAGCAGUGAUAUUAACAUUUUAUGGCAGACCAUGAGUUUAUGAAACGCUGUUGCACAUGCGACAGAGUAACGCUGCCUGUACAGUGGACACAAUUUGCAUUACUUUGAUUGUUGCUUUGCUCCCUUUAUACAAAACCAUGUGCUUCUGUUGGUGCUAUUGCCAGUCAACGUAAAUGUGUAGCUCUGAUGAAAUUUGCUUAGUUAAAACACUCCUAACCACAGUCCUGAAGCUCUAUGGGUAACAUUUACCUCUGAUCAUAAGAAUAUCAGCAUUCGUUUAAACACAAUCUAUAAAUGAGGCAAUAGAAGAAGAAUUGUGAGGCGUUCCCGUUUCGUUUACAUUAAGAUUUUAGUGCCACAACACAUGGCUCACGAAUGUCAGGAUCUGCUUCAUCUGCCAAAUUAGCUUUUUUUUAGAAAUUAGAGAAAGGUCAUUUAAAAAGUGCUCAGAUUUGUGUGACACGCAAACUGUACUCGUCACAAAGCCAUUUCUCACAGAGCCAAUCAGGGGCCGCGUCUUUCUUCAGAGAUGACUUCUGUGGUUUCUCACACCUCCGCCUCAGCCUCUUGGGGGGCAGCAGAUUUUAUGUCUCGCUGUGCGGAGCAGAAACUCUUCCUACCAUAGUUGUAACAAAACAGGUAGACCACAUUGAUACACUGGGUGACGUCAAAACUGCUUUGAUGUUCGCAGCUUUCCAAAAUAUAUUUUACAACUAUUUUAUUGCUGUCAUUUAUGAAUGUUAUAUUUCCUGUAGGAAAGCUCUUAUUUUGAAAAGAAAAAUAAUCUCUACUGCCUGUACUUUACUUUGCAAACACACCACACACAUCAUUUGUUGGAUUUGAAAUGUUACUGUGAACUUAACGCAACAAUGUAAUUCAGUAAAGGCCUAUUUCAUGUAA